AUGCAGCUCCUCCCAUAUCUUUUGACUACAGGUCUGAUUGGCCAGGCUAUGGCCGUGAGCAUGAGCAGUCGCUUCACUGUUUCAUCUACUUGCUCAACCUCCAAGGUAGAUGACAUGUUGACUGAAACAAUCGAUAUGGUAGAUACUGCAAUUAAAGGAAUCGAUGCACUUCUCAAUGCUGGAGUUAAACUCAACCCAAAAAUUGCAUCCGCUGCCAUGAAAUCUCUCACGAAAGCUGCCACCACCGCUUGGGGAGUUACAGAGCCUAGUUGGUGGUCAUAUUCAUUAAGUGCAGCUGAUACUGCUCAACUAAAAGCAGCUCAAGCAAACUAUCAAAAGCUUUACUCGGCUUUGAAUUCCGGAACCGGAAUGACUGCAAGCGACAACACAUUAUUCUGCGAUGAUUCAACAUUAAAAUGGACUACCAAAGCAAUUGAUAUUUUCCCAGACGGAGGUACCAUGACUACCGAACAGUACUUCAAGGCACAAGGUUACACCGACACCAGUGUUGUCAAAGGAUUAUGGAAAGAUCCAGAUCACAAACGUGGUAAAAACUUCAAUUUCAUCAUUGACGAAUAUAACGGAGGUCAAAUGUGUGGAACAAAAUCUGCCGAAGCUAUCACAUACUGGCAAACCGGAAACAUGUUCAUGUGCCCCAACGCAUUCAACAGUGCAAACUACAAGACUAGUUUGAAAAGUAUGAGGUCUUCGACAGCUCAAGUUGAAUGGAAUGAUGUUCGAUCACUUCCUGGAACAUUCCUGCACGAAAUGAUGCAUUUCCUCGAUUUGAAACCACAUGUUGUUGAUCAAAGAGUUACUGGGGAUGCUGGAGGACAAGUCGCAGCUUAUGGUUUGAUUGCAGUCUGGAUACUGGGCGGUAAAGCUGGAGAAGAAAUUGUAGACAGGUCAAAGGCUUUGACGAAUGCUGAUUCUUACAAUGUCUUCGCAACGAUGGCAUAUCUCCAAUCGGCAGAAUUUAUUGGCUAA